ACGAUAAAGGGCAGCAUAAAAUCAGCAGAGGGAGUUCUUCACAACCUCUGUUGUUGAUGAUGGACGAGAUUCUUGAUCAUUUUUUCAGUUCCUCAUCAUGGACAGAUGUGGAUGUAAAGGAAAGAUCAUCUCUGGACUGUUACGAAAAUCCACCAACAAACGAAAUGUUUCUCAGUUCACUUGGAGUAAUUGAAGAUGACAGCAAUAACUCUGCUACAAAUCUGAGCAACUCAAACCACAGCAUGGAGAGCAUGGCUGCACAGUCUGCUAAUUCAUCUGUUGCUCAUGAUUUUGAGUCUGAUGCACAAGACAAUGGCAACAAUUGCACCGCCAACUUCUCGAUCAAUGAUCAAAUGGGCCUGCAAUAUGAUUUGGAUGGUAACAUGGCGAGAUCAACAUCUGUUUCGUCCCUAGAGCCACAAAAUGUGGGAGGCAAUUGUUGUGAACAGUCUGUCUUUCAGAGACUCAAUGGAGAUAUUAAAACCCUUUCUCCAAUUUCUCAGCUGUGGCCUCUUCAAGCUUAUGAGGGUGUCUCUUCUCCUCUUUGUCCUCCUGGUAUGGGACAACAGAAGCUGUGCAGCUUUGGUAGUAAUGAUAUAUAUGAGUUAUCUGAUUUAGUCACCACAGAGAAGGUAAGCCAGGAGAUGGGAAAUUAUCCUUUGCCCUCUUUUGCUUCUGGGCCUCAGAUUCCAAUGGCAAUGGCUGGAUUGCAGUCUUUCCCACAGACUACAUCAACUAACCCCUCUGCUGAAUGUACUGGACCUAGAAAGCCUCGUAUGAGGGCACGCCGAGGCCAGGCAACUGAUCCACACAGUAUUGCUGAAAGGCUUCGGAGAGAGAAAAUUGCUGACAGAAUGAAGAAUCUGCAAGAACUUGUACCAAAGUCUAACAAGACUGACAAGGCAUCUAUGCUUGAUGAAAUCAUCGAGUAUGUCAAGUUUCUUCAGCAACAACUCAAGGUUCUAAGCGCACGCAGAUUGGGAGCUACAGGGGCAGUUAUCUUGGAUAAUCAGGCUGAGGGGACCAAUGGGAUUUCACAGUCUCCAUCACUUGGUCAAGUAGCUCAUGACAUUUCUUUCAAUGAAAUUGCUUUUGAACAAGUACUGAAACUGAUGGAAACCGAUGUAACCAAGGCAAUGCAUUAUCUCCAAAGCAAAGGUCUCUGCAUGAUGCCAGUCGCUCUUGCCAAUGCCAUAUUGGCCGAAAAGGAAUCAUCACCGGCUCCUGAUUCUGCCGAGAAUUUGAAAAACUCCGGUUUUACUGAUGAUGGUUUUGUUCACAACCCCAGCAGCAGCAGUAGCAGUAACAGCAACACCUUGCCUGGCACCGACAAAACGGCUGUCAAUCCAUGAUGGUUAUCAUGGUCAACUUAAAACAGAAGAAAUAAUCAAGUGUAUAACUUAUGAUGAUCCUUAUCUCUGGAUUGGAUCUUCAUCUACCUUUGAGCAGAGUUGAACAAAAGUAGUUCGAGCUAGUUUUGGGAUUAGUAGCAACUAGUAAUUACAUGAUGAAUUUGUUUCUAUUUUGAAUCGUUUUGUAGAGAUUAUUGAUCAUUUUUGGAUUAACGAGAAGUCUCAAUUCAUGAAACAAAUGCUUUUCUUCAUCCCCUAAUUCAUAUUUGACCAUCUGAAUUGACAAAGGUUCAUGACUUCAUGCUUGACGUCUAGAAUAUUAUUUAGACUUUGCUAGCUGGAUCAGAAAGUUCAGUCACGUGCCACGUGGCGCUGCUCACGUGUGCUUUUG